AUGGAGAAUUUUGUCGACGAGAGUGGUUUCGUUCCUCUAAACCAAAACAUCUUCACACGUGAUCAUCAUCAAGAACACAUGAAAGAAGAAGAUUUCCCAUUCGAAGUUGUCGACCAAUCAAAACCCACAAGCUUUCUUCAAGAUUUUCACCAUCUUGACCAUGAUCAUCAGUUCGAUCAUCACCACCAUCAUCAUCACCAUGGCUCGUCAUCUUCAAACCAUUUGCUAGGUCUUCAAACCAUGUCUUCUUGUAUCAAUAACGCUCCUUUCGAGCAUUGCUCUUACCAAGAAAACAUGGUCGAGUUUUAUGAAUCUAAACCACAAUUGAUGAACCAUCAUUUCCAAGCUGCGGAAAACCCAACAUACUUCACUCGUAAUCAUCGUCCUCAUCACCAUCAAGAGAUCAAUUUGGUCGAUGAAAAUGAUCAUAUGGAUUUGGAGCAAAACAACAUGAUGAUGAUGAGGAUGAUCCCUCUUGAUUACCCUCCUACAGAGACCAUGAAACCAGCUAUGAACUUCGUGAUGCCAGAUGAAAUUUCAUGUGUUUCUGCAGAUAAUGAUUAUUAUAGAUCAUCGUCGAGUUUCAACAAGACCAAACCAUAUCUUACACGAAAGUUGUCUUCUUCUUCUUCAUCAUCAUCAUGGAAAGAAAAGAAACCGUCAACCUUAGUCAAAGGCCAAUGGACUGCUGAAGAAGACAGAAUAUUGAUUCAACUCGUGGAGAAGCAUGGAUUGCGUAAAUGGUCGCAUAUCGCUCAAGUGUUACCGGGAAGGAUUGGGAAACAAUGUAGAGAGAGGUGGCAUAACCAUUUGAGACCUGACAUCAAGAAAGAGACAUGGAGUGAAGAAGAGGACAUAGUGUUGAUAGAAUUCCACAAAGAGAUUGGAAACAAAUGGGCAGAGAUUGCGAAAAGACUCCCCGGAAGAACAGAGAACUCAAUCAAGAACCAUUGGAACGCGACAAAACGAAGACAGUUCUCUAAAAGAAAAUGUAGGUCUAAGUAUCCAAGACCUUCUCUGUUGCAGGACUACAUCAAGAGCUUGAAUUUGGGAGUUCUGUCGGCUACAUCUGUUCCUGCAAGAGGUAGACGCAGAGAGAGUAGCAAGAAGAAGGAUGUUGUUGCCGCGGUUGAGGAGAAGAAGAAGGAUCAAGAGGAGAUUUACGGACAAGACAGGGUUGUGCCUGAAUGUGUGUUUACUGAUGAUUUUGGAUUCAAUGAGAAGCUGCUUGAGGAAGGAUGUAGCAUUGACUCUUUGCUUGAUGACAUUCCUCAGCCUGAGAUUGAUGCUGUUGUUCACGGAAUCUGAUUUGUAUUUCCUUCGUUUUGUUGUUUUUGGUUUUCUUUUUAUGUUAUACGAGACAGAUUCCACCACACACUAAUAAUUUGAAAAAUAUAAAACACUUUGUUUUAAGACAUGUUGUAAGUUGAAAAUAAUAAGAAACCUAACUUGCUGCUAAAUAAGAACAGUACUUACUUGCGUCUCAAGCAAUUAUAUGAGAUAACUUCUCUCACAAGGGAGGAAAAAUUUAUAAAACAACCAAAAACAGACCAUCCAUCGUUCAACAUACAAACAUAUUCUCUUAGCAAUCGAUCAAAAGACAGUUCAGAGAAAGGGAGGUCGUAUCGGUUUUGGAGACGAAAGGAUUGAUACGAACCCAAA